AUGCCGAAAUCCAACUCCACCAUCGCUGCACCACUGCGUGAAGCACUCUUUGAGUGCUUCCGCUCGAUCACCCGCCUGGUCCGGCCGAGCCUGCGCCGCCAACUUGUCUUAGUUGGCGGUGCAGCCAGCAUUGCCCACUCCUCAGUCCUUGUGACUGAGGACGUGGAUGUUGUGGGCCCUCCCAGCGCAUUAAUCGAAAUCUGGGAGGGUGUUUCGACCGGCGCCCGUAAUUUUCAAUUCGAGUCCGAUGGCAAGAUUGUGUUCGACGCACCCCUUCAAGACAUCCGUAUCCGCGUUAACCUCAUCGAGAUCGGAAAGGGGUGCGUCGAACGCAUCAUCGUGGCAGAGCCCUUCUUUGAGGGCUCUGUUGCGUCCAUGUCGGACUUGUUGAGGUUACGGGCCGUGACGGUGGUCGAUCGUGGGAGCGAUGGUGAAGUUGAAGAUUUUCGAUGGCUAUUGUCGAGGGUGGCGAGCAGGGGUCAAAUACUACCAGAGCUUGACAAAGAGGAACUGGAGUGUAUUCGCGGUGCGGCGGAGUCCUGUCUGGGGAGGCUGGAUCGCUUGGUGCUUGGAGCAGUAUUAGGCGUGAACAACUUCCCGCUUGCAUACCAUUUAAUUGCAUCAUAA